UUUAGGGGGGAUAAAAGGGAAGAGAAAAGAAAAUCGCGAAGUGCUGCAUUGCAGCAUUGCGAAUAAAUCUGUAUUUUCUUCGCGAAGGGAAGUAGACAAAUUUGCAAAUUCUCAAAAGGAUUACUGUUGGACUGUGAAAAUGAAGGAUCAUGUAAGUUGGGAUGAGGCUAAUCUUGGGGAAAUUGAGGCAAAUAAACCAGUAAGGCAGAGAAUAAAUGAACCAAAGACACCAUAUCACCGCAUGAUUGAAGAUGAUGGACCAACUUCUCCUGUAUCAGUGAGCUUUGAGGAUGUGAUUGAUGAUGCAAUGCAUGCUGAAGCUAUACGAAAUGCAUUGAAUGAUGUUGUACCUUCGAGUAAAAACACUUCACGGGGCACUGGGUGGACAUCAUCCGAGGAUGAGGCAGAUGCAAUGGAUGAAGAUGGGGAAGAUUUUGAUUCAGAAAGUAGCAAGAGCUUCAGGGAACACAGGCGAGCCCACUAUGAUGAAUAUCUGCGGGUCAGAGAACUCCUUCGUGGUUGCCCCCUCAUGGACAAUGAAUCUGAUGAAGAGAAUGGCGGCGUGAAUAAUGGACGUUGUGAUUCAUCGUUGUCCUCAACACUAGCUGCCAAGGAUAUGGAGAUUGAGGAAGGCCGUCCAGAUAAUUCUAAACGGUCCCCUCCCAGAGUCAAUGGAGCCUAGAGGCUGAUUCCAAAGGUAGUCCACAUCGCUGUUUCCAUAUCAGUUUCAUUUUAAUUCUAUAUCAACGCUGCUGUAGGAGUGUAGAACAUUAGAUCCUUGUUCUUAGAAGGAAUAGUAAGUUUUGCUGGUAUGUUAUGUUGUAAAUAGGCAUUUUAGGAUAAUGUUUCUAUAGUAUCGAUACUACAAUUUCUUUCCUAAGGCUUAUCCUAUAUUUCAAUCUUAAACUUUAACCAAACUCA